AUGGCGACACCAACCUUCAACGCUCUUCCCUCCUCCCUACGACUCGAAUUGCCAUUUCUUCUUCCAUCGAAGCUCAACCAAGCGCGUUUCCCCUUGCUUUCGCUUCCAAACCCUGCGCUCCAUCCUGUCAUCUGCAGAGCCUCAGAGUCUCCCACCGUUCCGCCUAAGAAGCGUUCUUCUAACAACAGAAACUCGAAAAACAACAACAAAAAGAAAAAGAAUAGUAAGAGCAAAGCUGUAACUGCUGAUUCCAACUCCGUUUACAAUCUUUCUCCGCUGCCUCCUCUUCCGACGUCACUUCCCAAACCACCAGCGGGAUUCGUCGUCGAUGAACGCGGCAAAGUUCUCACCGCUUCGAGAGACCGACUCGCCACUCUAGUUGAUCCGGCUAAUAACCUUCCCUUAGAGUGUGUUGUAAGGAGAGAGUUCACGAGUUCUCAAGGAGAUGACUGUUUGUUGCUCUGCCCUGUUGAUAUGCCUGUCCAAAUAGUGAAGAACACAACUGAUGGAUGGUCGGAUGUAAGUUUCCAUUCUGCAUUCCAUGUCAGUGAUGAGGAACUUGAAUCUAUUCUGCCAUCUGCUGCUUAUGCACUUGCCAAGAUACACUUGUAUCUGGUUAAUAGUGGAUACUGUUAUACAGCCCGAGGUGGUUUUUGUUAUUCAGAGGAGGACAUAUUUGAAUUUCAUGCAGUAAAUGAUGAUGUUCCCAUUUUGCAGAUGGUAAAGGAGACAGCUUGCCAACCGAAGGUGUAG